AGUGUCUUAUGGAGGCUUCUGAGCUCGCGGGCUCAUGGCCCACUCGCUGAUCAGAGACACGACCUCGUUUGAAUUUGCUUCUGCCUUCAUCCACACUCGCGGCAAACGUAUAGGAAAUCGGAAGAAAAUGAAACCUUCUGAACCUCUGGAGACAUAUGGAUGGGCCAGGGAAUUAGGACUUUUCGUAGGUUUCGAUUCGAAUUGUUCUACAGUAUAAAAGCUUUUCUGUUUCGGCAGGAAUGCAAUUGUUGAAUGCUGAAGGGAGUGGAAGCACGAAGAGAAGCGGCUGUCGGGGUUGAUGGCUUGUCGGUUGGUCUUGUGUGAUCGACGGAAUUCGCGAUGAGGAAGCCGGACAGUGAUGGGGAGGAAAAGGGCAUCGUGUGGGUUGCUGUGGGGAAGAGCCAGAAAUAAGAGCACCGUCUGCAGACGAAUAGCGAUGCAUGGAGUUUUGUAGGUGCUUUGGAAUUUGAAGACUCCAGAGAGCUCAGCUUUCAUUGGCCAGAUGGCGGACACUUCGAUUCGACCCCUGCGGCAGCGGGACUAUCACUUGGUUCCCAGACGGACCCCGCUGGUUAUCGACAAUGGCGCAUUUCAUUGCCGUAUUGGAUGGGCUGGCGAAGAUUCGCCCCGGUUUGAAUUUCGGAAUGUGGUCAACAAGCCCCGCCACCGUGCAUCAGGAGAGAUCGUGAGUGUGGUUGGCGAUUUCGAUCCAUCUCUAGUGAAGACAUUCGAUUUCACCCGAGCUGCUAUGCGUACACCAUUUGAUGGAAAUGUCGUGUACCAGUAUGAGACUAUGGAAUCUAUAUUAGAUUACGCCUUUGAAAGGAUGGGAAUCGAAGGAGAUAAUAAGAUUGACCAUCCAGUGCUCAUGACAGAAUGCCCAUGCAAUCCCGUGUAUUGCCGAGGGAAGAUGGCUGAGCUCCUAUUUGAAGCUUACGACAUCCCUUCAGUAGCUUUUGGCAUCGAUGCAGUUUUCGGCUACUUACAUAACAAGAAUCAAGGUUUGUGUGAACCUGACGGAGUUGUGGUCUGCUCUGGCCAUAUGGCCACCCAUGUUAUACCAAUGGUUAAUGGGGAACCUGUCUUGGAAGCAGCCGUCAGAACCCCUAUAGGAGGUUACCAUGUCACUGACUACCUGAAGCGGCUUCUCUCUUUGCAGUACCCUUUCCACGUAAACAACAUAGGUUGGGAAAAGGUUGAGGAACUGAAGCAAGAACAUUGCUACAUUGCAAGUGAUUAUCAUUCCGAGCUAGAAAUAUUUGAGAGAGGAAGCCCUGAGGCAGACGAAAAGACGAAAGUGUGGCAACUGCCUUGGGUGCCACCUCCACCGGAGAAGGAGCCGGCAACCGAAGAGGAGAUUGCCCGUAAAGCAGCAAUCAGAGAGAAGCAGGGUCAGCGUUUACGUGAAAUGGCAGCGGCCAAACGGUCCACCAAAAUUGCUGAUUUAGAAACUGAAGUAAUCGGUUUAGAGCAACUUCUACAAAAUCUAGAAGACGCUGGUGAUGAAGACAUUGAUGCUCUUCUUGCCGAAAGCGGUUAUCUAUCCCGCGAGGAGAUUCAAGGGGCACUUGCGAAGGCCACGGUCUCCCUUAGAAAGUUGAAAGGAGAAGCAGUGCUACCGGAGCCUGAAAAAGUGGAUGACUCUACUGAGAAGGACAAGUAUCCUCUUUUGGAUGUUCCCAAUAGCCUUCUUACGGUCGACCAGUUAAAAGAAAAGAAGAGACAGCGAUUCCUGAAAAUGACCUCAGAAGGCAGAGCACGAGCAAAACUGAAACGUCAAGAAGAAGGUUUGGAGAAAGAGCGCGAGAAGCAACUAGAAGAAGAACGGCGUUUAGCUAAUCCGGAGCAAUAUUUGGAGGAGCUCCGCACUCGGCAUGGAGAAUUGAGUGCACGGGCCGAGCAGCGCAAACGCAAACGACAAAAGAAUGGAGCUAUUCCCGUUGUUGCAGGUCAGCCUGCAACAGGCACCCUUGUGCUCGGAGGACGAGGGGAACGACUUACUGCUAUGCAGAAGGAGCGCAUGAGACUGCUAACAACAGCAGCGUUCGAUAGGGGCAAGGAGGAGGAUACCUUCGGCAUGAGAGAUGAAGACUGGCAGCUCUACAAACGGAUGGGCAAAGAUGGUGAGGACGAUGAGGACGCCGAGGAGGAUGAUGCCGAACUGGUCCGCUUGGAAGCGAGGCUCCAGGAAAUAGAUUCUACAUUUCAACCAACGCCCGGUCUAGCUCAGGGAAUGCAAAAGACGAACGUGGAAGUGCAAGCUCCAAAGCCACUGACCGCAGAAGAUUAUCGCAUAUCAUUGGGAGUGGAGCGUUUUCGUUGUCCAGAAAUUGUUUUGCAACCGAGCAUGGUCGGGGUGGAUCAGGUUGGAGUAGGAGAACUGGUAGGAGCUUCGUUUAGAAGAAUGCCGGAAAAUCUGCACGAACUGGUCGUGAAGGGUACAAUACUUCUCACAGGAGGCAACACUCUCUUCUCAGGCCUUGAUGCACGAUUAGCAGCAGAGCUGAAAGCAAGCAGGCCUUUGGACUCAACUAUUCGAGUUGUGAAAGCCGCCGAUCCUCUAUUAGACGCAUGGCGCGGAGCUUCUAGGUUUGCAGCGUCAGGAGCUUUCAGGAGGUUUGCUUUCUCUAAACAGGAAUACGAGGAAAGAGGUCAAGACUGGUUGCGGAAGCAUAAGCUCGUAUACUCCAACCUCAGUCCAUUCUCGUGAUCUCUUCCUACUUGUACAGCAGCCUUUAUUUCAUUACCGUCGAAUGUGGAACUUUUUUUUCCACUGGACUAGAAUAUUCAGGGAUCCGUCAGAAUAUCUCCCAAAGCUCCCAAUCUAGUCUCUGUACACUUUUUGCAAAAUGUAGAUCAAAAGCCAAAGCUGGCCGUCACACCACAUUCUGAGAGGGAGCAAACAGAUGGACUUUCCCCCAAUCUGGGGUGAGUUGUAGGUGGAUGUGCUUUACGGAACACACCUUCAGAACCCUGUUGUCGGGUGUAUGUUUCUGUAGUGAAGAAUCGAAGCGAAGUCCAAUCAUUUUCGGCUGUUCUUGUCCGGGGCAGCAUAUCAGUCGUGGCGAUACUUCGUAUGACAGCAAUGUUCACAUCCAGAUAAUAAACAAGUGACAUCGAAAAUUGA